AUGGCGCGGGGAGAGUUCGAUCGGCAGCCAAUGCACGUCAGCAACGGAAGCGAGUUUGUGCUUGAAAUCAGUAGGAAGAAGGAUGGCAAGAGAUGGUUCCGGAAAGCCGUCCUUGCUUGCGGCGUCAUCGUAUCUGCAGUUGCCAUCGUCGUCCUUGCGAACCGCGGAAAUAGCACCAUGUCUCUUGCUGCGCAGGGCAUCAGCGAACAUGGAGAGUGGUGCAAUGGUUGUGGUCCACUUCCUCUGGCAGGUGUCGUUUCUAAGAAUGCUGAGAGGAUUGCUGCGAACUUGGACUCUAUGCGCGCGUUGUACCAGAGUGCGAAUGCGGGAUUGGAUGCAGCGAACAAAUAUGUAUUGAACCUCGAAAACACCGUCGAAGACACGGAAGAAAAGCUGGCAUCUGGUUUGGCAAAGUAUCAAGCUGUUCCAGGCCUUGCAAACAGUAUUUAUGCUCCUGUGAAUCCUUCAGCUGUAAUCGCACGUCCUGCGGCUGUCUCAAGAACAUAUGUACAACCUUACGCUGCUCCUGUAUAUGCUGCGCCUGCUGCAGCGACAUAUCCUGUAGCAAGCUCUGGAUAUCAUCAGGUUUGGGUGCCAAAUAGUGACGUAUACAGCCGAAGAUAUGAGUAUAGCUUCCCUCAAAUAGUGUCAUCCAGACAUGCUCAAGACGGGAAGUGGGUAUGGGUUCGAAGUGGUGAAGCUUUAGCGCAGCGACCUUAUCCUCAACGCAUUCGAAGAAGUAUUAAUGUCGGCUCUGGUGCUGAUUCCAACUCUCGAAGACCUGAAGUCAAUGUUAUUUUGACUUCUCCUCAAGCUCGACCACAGUGGUGA